AUGUUUCUUCUUCUUUUCAUUCUCAACUCCAUAAAUAUUCUCCAUUCCGAAAAUAAUUUUUUCAACAAAAAACAACUUCUGAAGAGCUACACUGAUUUGAUUCAAAAUCAAGAUUCAUUGCUCAGAAUAGUUCAUGAAAGUUUCGCAGUUUAUAAUUGUAGUGGGCAUCGAAUCAGUGGAUAUGAUUUCAAUGUGGGAAAACUCGAUAAAUUGAUGGACACGGCGGAUAAAAUUCCAAUUCGCCCUCUCAUUAAAAUCCCGUAA